AAGCCAACAGCCCCACAUGGUGACCAGUCUGAACAAUGGAGGAAGAGUUAUCAGUGCAUCGUGGCCACAAUUCGGCCUUAUUCCAUGCCUUUCCAUCUCUGCCAGAGGUGGAGAAAGGCCUAAACCCUGCGAUACUCAUCUUGUUCUCCCCUCAUCAUUAUACCUGCAGAUUUCCAUCAGGUCCCUCUGACCCAUCAGCACAGUCCUAACAACUCUGCUAUUGACAGCCCCUAUUCAUUUGUGCUCUCAUCAAAGUCAGCAUGCUGAUAUUGUAUCUGAUAUUGGGUAACCAGGUCUGGGGGACAGAGUGGUUGCCUUCACACUUGGGCACACAUGGGCAGUUCUGGUACUCAUGCCAUCACUGUACGUCCAGCACGACUUGGAUGGAUUCCCAUGUCUCCCCAGCAUCCUCUGCUCUGCAGGGAGAUGCUCUAUAAAAUCCAGCAGCCUCAGCCUCCCUGUACAUCACCUCCUCCCUUCGAGCUCUCUCCAAUCCUCCUUUCUCCAGCCUCACUGAGAUCCCAGAUCAACUCCAACCAUGAAGUUCUUCUACCUUGUCUUCGCUAUCUUCCUGCUGGUCUCCCUGGCCACUCCAGGCUAUGGGCAGAUCAGGAAGUACUGCCCCAAGGUGGGCUACUGCUCCAGCAAGUGCUCCAAGGCAGAUGUGUGGUCCUUCUCCUCUGACUGCAAGUACUACUGCUGCCUCCCGCCCGGCUGGAAGGCAAAAUAGGAGCUGCAAAGGAAGCCCCUGGGGAAGAGGAGGCACCGCGGUGGCUUUGGGAGCAGCUUCUCACCUGUCCAACCCAACUGUCACCCCCUCCUCUCUAUAAAUAAAAAGAGAAAAAAA